AUGGUUGUGCCAGUUCCUCGAGAUGAGCCUAGCACCAGCGAACAUUCGGGAUCCAACGGAUCCCCUACUGAAGUAUCAGACCACCAUUCCAGCGCAGACGCCAGCGAACAGUCCAACGAACCUUCAGACGAACCCCCUGGCGAUAACACCAGCAAUCACUCCGGCGAUGAGUCCCGGGCCAGCAGUCACUCCAGCGACCACUCCAUUGGACGUGUCUUCCGCGCCAAGGCGAUUGACUUUCUUCCCCUCGUCCGCUACAUCCCGGUGCCAGAGGUUACGUCUCAUGCGAGCGCUCACAACUUUCCUGAAUGGGAGGACUCAGAUCUCGUAGACGUCACUUUGGAGGACCAGAACUCUAGAUGUUACUUAUGUUUGGAGGAUUUCUUACCUCCAAAAGCGAAAUCUACGCAGAAGUCCGAGCCUGGACCAGUGGAAGAGACAGAACAGGAACCUCUCAGACAGUACCCGUGCGGCCAUGUAUUUCAUCGAUUCUGCGGAGACCGUUGGAUGAGUGAAAAUGCAACAUGUUUUCUCUGCAAGAAGGACCUAUAUCCGUCCGAAGGUGUAGAGCAGGGAAAGGGCUGGUCGGCGCGAUUCGCCCUCUUUCCCAGCCAGGACGGGGUGUUGAGAAGAAUGAUUGAUGUGGAACUGAUACACUCGUAUCAGUAUGAUUGGAAUAUGGGGAAAGCUGUAGCACACCUUUGUUUCUCACAAGAUGGCAAGUAUUUCGCUGUGAGAUGUGGACGCCGCUGGAUACGUGUAGUUGAAGUACAGACGGGGUCCGAAAUAUGUAUGUUGGAUCACGGCGGUUUUGAUGCGUUCUGCUUAGGUCCAGAUGGUCGGUUACUUGUAACAGGAGGCAGACGUGGACGUCUCAAUAUCUGGACUGUUACUGCCACAGGUCAUCGCAUCAAAAAUACUCUCGUUGGACACACCGCAAAAGUGAGAGGUGUUGAUAUAUCACAAGAUGGUCGAUCACUCGUCUCCUUGUCCUUUGACAAAACCCUGCGGACCUGGAAUAUAGUGACGGGGAGUCCUGUCCAAACUAUCCAAAUUCAAGAUAUUCCGGCCUUGAUUCGUAUGGCGCCAGAUGGGCGGUCUGUUGCCGCAGGGUUCGACAAUGAAGUGGUCAAGCUUUGGGAUACGGAAACCGGCAGACUGUUGAGACGUUUCAAGGCGAAAGAUGAAGUCAAAAGCAUCGAAUUUAUGCCAGACAGUACGGGUAUCUUGGUAGGGGAUGAUUCUGGGAAAAUCAGAUUGUUGGAUACUACACGCGGUUACACUCGACAUUCGUAUGACAUACGGUUAAUGGCACUCUCACGCGAUGGAAGACUGGUGGCGUCCAGUGAUGACGGUGGAGAAGUCCAUAUCUGGGAGUUUGAGACGGCAGAAGUCCACUGUGUACUCUCAUUAGAGGAUCACGGCGAAGAUUUGCCAAACCCCAGUUCUAAGGGAGACAUAUUUGGAACAUGUGGUUCUGAUGGAAGAAUCCUAAUAUGGAAAUUGGGCGCUCUUAACCAGGCAGUACUCACGUCACGCUCUCCACCAUCUACCCCAGGCUCUUCGACAAUUCUUCUCUCUGAGCUACCAUUUGACACGUCGACGGACGAGUCGGGCCAAUCUAGCGGACUGUCUCCGAUGUUAUUCGACUCCCCAGAUUCUAACAGGCCGGCGGGAAGAGCUGCCGCAACCAAGAUCGCUGAUCCCCCGGUAGUGAACACAUCCUCGCGUACUGUGUUUCAUCUUCAAAGAGUUCUAAAUCCAUUCGGUUACAUAAAAUAUUUCUUAGUCCCGUCAUAUUCUGCGAUGCAGUCAAAUAACAGGAAAACGACACAAAUUAACACGCAACUCGCACAUAAUUCAGUUCGAUCAGUUGCUCAUUCGCGGGUGAGGUUAGCAGCUUUCCCGUCGAUGGCUACUAGCUAA